AUGGAUCUUACCAACGUGCGAUCGAUGGAGUUGUUAAAGCGGCUUGGAAUCUCCGACGAUGUCCGAAAUCUUGGCGUACCCCAGACAACGCCCUACAACGUGUACUUCACGCCCGGACUGGGUGAAUCAGCCCCAACAACGUCUUGGGAAUUUCCCUCCAACGUGGAGUUGAGGGCACAAUACAAAGAACAAAAUGACGGCAGUAUGCCUCAAGAGCCAUGGCAAAGGAUUUCGCAAGCCAUAUUUGAAAGCUACCUGAAGCAGCGCUGCGACAGAAACGCCCUUGUAGAUUGCCGAUUCGGUUGGAAAGUCGAAAAGGCUUCUGAGACAGAGGAUGGCGCAUACGUCGACGCUGUUCAUGCCGAAAGUGGCAAGAAGGUUAGGAUUUUCACAAAAUACCUAGUUGGAUGUGAUGGGGCAUCGAGUCGUGUCCGACGAGACAUGGGUAUCGCUCUUGACGGAGGGCCAGUUCCCGGUUACGUGCUCUUAGUCCACUUCCGAUCACAGGACCUUGAGAAGUUGCAGAAGUACGGCCGAUUUUGGCACCUCUUCAUCUACGGUGAAGAGGGUUUAAGUGGUGCAGCGAUCUGCCAAGAUGAUGAGUACAUCUUUACAACGCAUUUAAUGUUACCACUGGACGCAGACCAUGCCAAAAUCGGUGCACACGAGGCUGCAUAUAGAGCACUUGCUGGCAUGGGGGACUCCUACGAAUUCAAAAUUGAUGAGAUACUUGUCAGUUCGACUUAUCGACACAGUAUCGCAAUCGCGAGGCAGUAUCGCAGCCAGAAGGGCAAGAUCUUCCUUGCUGGAGAUGCAGUACAUCAGAACAUUCCCAUGGGCGGUUAUGGCAUGAACAUGGGUGUUGGCGAUGCUUUUGACAUUGGUUGGAAAUUGGCUGCUGUCAUAAAUGGGCAAGCAGGACCGGCUCUUCUCGACUCCUACGAAGAAGAACGGCGUCCAGUGGCCUUGAGAAGCAUACAAAGAUCCGGAAUACAUAUGGAAACACACCUCGCUCUUCCUGACCUGCUUGGGCCCAAGCCUAGAGAAGUACUUGAGGACUCCGACAGAGGUCGCGAAAUCAGGAAGAAGAUAUCUGACCAUUACCAAACGAAUAAGGGUGAGAAUACAGACUGGGGUAUUGAGAUGGACGUUCGACAUCAGUCGUGUGUGUAUCCCUGCAGAGACGAGGCCGACGCAGUGGAACCAGAAUGGAGUCCAGAGCGGUAUGUCCCCAGCACAUUUAUCGGCUCGCGGGCACCCCAUGUCUUUCUCCGCGACGGGACCUCCAUAUUCGAUCUAUAUGGAAAAUAUUGGACACUUUUCCAGUUCAGCUAUUCAAACAUCGAAGACAAGGGAGACCCGAGCACUCUUCUGGCAGCCGCAGAUGCUAUGAACGUGCCCGUGAAACAUGUGGUUCUCCGAGAUGAAGAGAACGCUCGCACUGUCUGGCAAAAGCCCUUUGUACUGGUCCGACCAGACGGGCACGUAGCGUGGCGUGGUGAUGAGGCUCCCAACAUCAAGAAAGCAGAAGAAAUAUUGACUCUUGUUACUGGGCGGAAGGUGGCGGCUCAAAAAAGAGACGUCAGUCAGACUCCAAGGCAACGCGAGGUGCAUCAGUUUGCUGCCACUGAAAAGUUGACCACCCAGCUAGAGGACUACAAGUUAGAGAAGAUGGGGGCAAUGCAGUAUUGA